CCGAAUUAAAGGCCCACCCGUAUUGAAGUAGUCCCAGUUCAAGCAAGCAGUCCUCUCCGUAUUCAUUUUCUCUUCCACCACCAUCAAAUCAAUCAUCACCAUCUCCACUCCUCCUUUUUCUCAACCAAAAGAAAAAUAAAUAAUUAAAUAAAUAAAAAGUUCAGAGAAGAAGAAUAUCUGCCGACAAUGGAACCGCCGGGAUCAACCGCCGCCGAAAAAAUCAUCCUGCGUUGGGACUCAACCGCCUCCGAAGACGCGCGCGACAAGAUGAUAUUCAACGGCGAUCGUCACGAGGUCGACCGCUACCUCGACGCCGUCGACGAGCUCCAGAAAUCCAUGGCGUCCGUCGCUCUGUCCGAUUCCACCUCCGCCGCCUCCUCCACGCUCCAGAUCGCCAUGGCUCGGCUCGAGGACGAGUUCCGCAACAUCCUCAUCUCCCACACCUCACCCAUCGAGGCCGAGUCUCUCUCCGAGUCAACUCAGUCCGAGUUCACCUCUCAGGAGUUCGAGUUGAAGGACGAGAUCGGAGAAAUCAGCUUCGACGAGAAGCAGCUGGAGCACCAGGAGAGCAGCACCAGCACCCCGGGCAGCAGUUACAAGUCCACAAGCAGUAUCAGGGAAGUAGAUCUUAUCCCCAGCGACGCCGUCUACGACCUCCGCUCCAUCGCCGAGCGGAUGAUUGCCGCCGGGUACCUGCGCGAGUGUAUUCAGGUGUACGCGAGCGUACGCAAGUCCGCCGUGGACGCGAGCCUCAAGAAGCUGAAUGUCGAGAAAUUGAGCAUCGGCGAUAUCCAGAGGCUCCAGUGGGAGGCGCUCGAGAGGAAGAUCCGCCACUGGAUUCGCGCCGCCAAGAUAUGCAUACGCGUGCUAUUCGCCAGCGAGCGGCGUCUCUGCGAGCAGAUAUUCGAAGGUUUGGGUACUUCAGCCGAUGAUGCUUGUUUCAUGGAAACCAUAAAAGGCCCCGCCAUUCAGUUGUUUAAUUUCGCCGAAGCAAUUAGCAUCAGUAGGCGGUCGCCUGAGAAAUUGUUUAAGAUAUUGGAUUUACACGACGCCUUGUCCGAUUUAAUGCCUGAUAUCGAAAAUGUCUUCGAGUCGAAAUCCAGUGAGUCGAUUAGGGUACAGGCUGUCGAAAUAUUGUCUAGGUUAGCGGAGGCAGCGAGAGGGAUAUUGUCGGAAUUCGAGAGUGCUGUGCUUCGUGAGCCUUCAAGGGUUCCGGUUCCUGGAGGAACGAUCCACCCCUUGACCAGAUAUGUGAUGAAUUACAUCAGUUUGAUUUCCGAUUACAAGCAGACUUUGCUUGAAUUGAUCGUGUCGAAGCCCUCGACUGGACCGAGAUAUUCGAGCGAUCCUAAUGUACCGGAUAUGGAUUUCUCGGAGUACGAAGAUCAGGCUUCGACUCUGGCUCUUCACUUGAUUUGGAUUACUGAAAUUCUGCAAUUCAAUCUCGACGGUAAAUCUAAGCAUUACAAGGAUGUUUCCUUGGUUCAUUUGUUUAUGAUGAACAAUGUUCAUUAUAUCGUUCAAAAGAUUAAAGGGUCGCCCGAGUUGAGGGAGAUGAUUGGUGAUGAUUACUUGAGAAAGUUGACCGGAAAAUUCCGAUUUUCCGCGACUAAUUACCAAAGGGCAACCUGGGUGAGGGUAUUGCAUUGCUUGAGAGACGAGGGUUUGCAUGUAAGUGGAAGCUUUUCAUCCGGCGUGUCGAGGAGUGCUUUGAGAGAGAGGUUUAAGUCUUUCAACGCUAUAUUUGAGGAGGUGCACAGAACUCAGGCAACAUGGUUGAUACCCGAUACUCAGCUUCGUGAGGAACUGAGGAUUUCCAUAUCGGAGAAGCUUCUACCGGCUUAUAGAUCGUUUCUUGGAAGGUUCCGAAGCCAUAUCGAGAGUGGGAGGCACCCUGAGAAUUACAUCAAAUACUCGGUUGAUGACCUCGAGAAUGCAGUCUUGGAUUUCUUCGAGGGAUGCCCGGUUUCACAGCAUUUGAGGAGGAGAUCUCAGUGAGAGAAGGUGGGGGAGUGGGAUUGAGUUUUUGCCACGUAGAUUUUAGGACAACCAUUCUUUGAAUUUUUUUCGGAGUUAUCUGGGAUGAGGUUUCAGUUGUUCAGGGAUUAAGCCCCGAAGUGGAGACAAUUGCGAUUGUCUCCGUAAGGAUUUUGGAUGCGAUCAAUUGACAACAGUAGCCUGUUCGUGCCUGCCAUUGCCUCUUCUCAAAUGCUUCCGCACUGUAAGCAUGCGUUUGUUUGUACUCCCUCAGCUUUUUAGAUUUUUGCUUCAUUUGUUUAUAUGGGGAUUGCGGUAUUUGUUGUACUUUUAUGAAUCUUCACCACACAAUUAUUAUGAUCAGCCAAAAAAAAAAAAAAGAAUUUAAAUAAGCAUUUAUGUUUGAUCUGA